AUGACCCUGCUGGCAGAAGCAGGCAUCUACCUCAUUCUCGACGUCAACUCCCCACGCAUUGGCGAGUCGCUAAACCGAUACGAGCCCUGGACCACCUACCAUGAAAAGUACCUGGAGCACAUCUUCAAGGUUGUCGAGCAGUUCUCCCAUUACAACAACACUCUGGCUUUCUUUGCCGGCAACGAGGUCGUCAACGAUGACCAGUCCGCCAUGGUGUCGCCCAACUACAUCAAGGCUGUAGUGAGAGACCUCAAGUACUACCUAGCCAACCAGUCGCCCCGAAAGAUUCCCGUCGGAUACUCUGCCGCAGACGAUCUCAAGUACAGAACCUCGUUGGCACAAUACCUCGAGUGUGGUGACGAGAUGUCUUCCGUCGACUUUUACGGAGUCAACUCCUAUCAGUGGUGUGGCGAACAGUCUUUCGUGUCUUCCGGAUACGACAGACUCGUGGACGACUACAGGGACUACUCGCUGCCGCUCAUCUUCUCCGAGUACGGAUGCAACGAAGUCAAGCCCCGUACUUUCCAGGAGGUCCGAGCAGUUUACUCAAGCAGCAUGACUGACGUAUUUUCUGGAGGGCUCAUUUACGAGUUCUCCCAGGAGCCCAACGACUAUGGUCUUGUCCAGAUCUACAAGAACCACUCCGCGCAGGUUCUGGAGGACUUUGAGGCACUCAAGAAAGCAUACCACGACGCCCCCAAGGCCAAGCUGUCAGACUUCCGAGCUGUGGAGCGACCUCAGAGGUGCGAGCUCGUGUAUCCCAACAUCAACACCAUGAACCCUCUCCCCGACACGUUUGGUCUGGACAUGAUAACUCGUGGCGUGCGGGCACCCAGGGGCAAGUAUGUUGACUUGCACAAGCGGGGUACAUCGUACACCAUCUACGACCUGGAAGGAAAUGUGAUCGAGGACACUGAGGUGCAGCAGGUGAUUGAUCUGAAGGAGCCUCUUGCGGCACCGCCCCCAUCGCCCCCCACACGGAAGGCCCCCGCUGUCCCAGAGCCAAAGGACCCUGUGGAGCCAGUCUACGAUGAGUAUCCGAAGAAAGUCGCUACCGUUGAAGAGGAGGAUGAUCACGAGGUGGUGAACCCACGGAGACCAUUUGAGAGAAAGAAGACAAGCACCGGGUCAUACAGAGACACGGCAGUGCUGGGGUGGAUCAAGUACCUGGUGUCAGUGAUGCUUGGCGUGGUGGUGGUGGAAGUGGUGCGGCUGAUGUAG